AUGCAUGACCAGCCUUCUCCUAGCUACUCCCGCAAUCUCCUUUCCGACUACACGGUUGGGUGGGUUUGUGCACUUCCAAGGGAGCAAAGCGCGGCAUCUUUCAUGCUCGAUGAAAUCCAUGACCCCGAUGAGCUCGAAACCCCGCCUCAUGACAGUAAUUCAUACAUUCGUGGCAAUAUUGGAAGGCACAAGGUUGUCAUUGCCUGUUUGCCCAUGGGCUUGACUGGGACGGUCAGUGCGGCGUCAGUUGCCACACGGAUGAUAGCAACAUUUGAGAAUAUCAAAGUCGGGCUGAUGGUCGGAAUUGGUGGCGGCAUGCCUCAGCAGAAAGUCCGUCUUGGAGAUGUGGUAAUCAGCUGCCCCAAAGGCAAGUCUCCUGGAGUUGUGCAGUGGGAUGCCGGCAAAGCAUUAUCAGGAGGCGUGUUCCAGAGAAAAGGUUCCCUGAACAAACCCCCAACCGCUUUAUUGGCUGCUUUGAGCAAUCUUGAAUCACAGGCACCCGAGACUCAUGCCAAGGUAGAUGGCUAUAUAAGCCGUCUGCAAGCUCGAAGCGAUGUUCCAAAGAGCUUCGUUAGCCGCAGCAUGCUCACAGACGUGUUAUACGAAUCAAGCUAUCCUCACGUGGAAAAUACCGUUCCCGCAGGCGGAGAUCACUUUGAGUCUCAGCUGAACGCCGACGCAAUUGAGUGUGCGCUCUGCGACAAAUCCAGGAUUGUUCCGAGAGGUACGAGGGUUGAGGAUAUCAACUUCCACUAUGGCCUGAUUGCCUCGGGUGACCAGGUGAUCAAAGAUGCCCAGGUUCGAAACAAACUCUACGACGACCUCAAAAAGGAUUUGAAUGCAGAAGUCCUCUGUGUCGAAAUGGAGGCUGCGGGGCUGAUGGAUGAUUUCCCAUGCAUCGUCAUCCGAGGCAUCUGCGAUUACGCGGAUUCGCACAAAAAUGAUGCCUGGCAAGACUACGCUGCAUGUGUUGCGGCAGCAUAUGCGAAAGCACUCCUCGAUACAUUGGCACCGGCCAAGGUCAAUGAAAUGAAGACAAUCCAAGGUACGUGCUUUUCGAAAUUGCUCAUAAGCAAAUUUAACUGA